UCCAAUCUAUUCUUCGUCUUAUGUAGUGUUUUCUUAUUUCAGCAAAACAGUUACGUUCCUGUAGCACCACCGGACGCAAGACCAACUCCCAACCCAUCACAUAUACACUCAAAUGUGUCAGCAGCACCAGCAACUACACAUUCUCCUGUUCCUGAAGAUGUACAACUAGCCAUGGCUAUUAAUGCCUCCAUUCAAUCAGCCUUAGCUGAGGGAGUCCCUGUUCCUAAUCCCCAACCUGUUAACCUAUCAACUAACACCAUGGGCUGGGCUCCCUCAGAAAAUACCACCACCACCACCUACAAUGGUUGGGGCCAAUCAAGUGGAGCUCCUCCGCCGUCAAAAGUAGCAACUACUUCAGAUCCAUUCAACGGGUGGUCUGGAGUGAGGCCAAGCAGUAGUUCACCCCAGCUUUACAAUAGCCAGCUUGAGACUCCAUCAGUUCUUCCUUCAGCUCAUGAGGCACCUCCUACCGUGACAGUUCCUUCAGCACCUCCAACUGUGACAGUUCCUUCGGCACCUCCGUUGGCUGAGGAAACAUUCUAUCCGGGACCCGUCCAAUACCCAACAAUAGAUUCAAGCCCGGUGGACUUAAGUAUGCCAGCUGCUGGGAGCAAGCCAGAACCUUUUGAUCCAAAGGAGGACAGCGGCAGCGGCGCGUCGUCCUCUUGUGUGAUAUGUUUGGAUGCUCCGGUGGAGGGAGCUUGCAUUCCUUGUGGUCAUAUGGCUGGAUGCAUGUCGUGCUUGAAUGAGAUCAAAGGGAAGAAAUGGGGAUGCCCUGUGUGCCGUGCCAACAUCGAUCAAGUUAUAAGGCUGUAUGCUGUUUGAGAGUGGAAAGUCGAGUUCCUCACUGAGUAAUGUCUAUAUGAAAUUAUCACAUAUUUUGUGCUUUCCCACACGCUAUGCUCAUAGAAGUUUCCAAGGGAUGACAUAGUGCUGUAUGUAUAUAGAGUGGACGUAAAAAUUUGUGAGGAUUCAGCAGGGCUUAUUGAAGGUUUCAGCAGCUGAGGUUUGGGAGGGCUGAUCUCUUGCAUGAAACCCUGGUGGUUUACCUCGGCCAUGGUAUUAUUAUUAUUUUUUUUUAGCAAAGCGAUGUCGUUUCACAUGUUGGCUUGUUAUGUGCAAGUACAGGACAGUUUAUCUCGAGGUUCUUGGUGCCAAUUCUUUUUGUAUCCUGUUGUUAAAUGUUUGGACUUUUUGAGUAUUUGGAUGGAGUGAAAAUGUUGCAUAGUAUAGAUGACUGAAACGAGAAGCGGAGAUGUUUUAGUCUAUGUAGCUCUUUCAGUUGAAGAUAUCUUCUGACUGUCUGAUCUUUUUCGUUGCGGGGACUUUAUUCAGAGUCCAAUCUAUUCGUUGUUGCUGCUUGAACUUUA